CUUGUCUGUUGCUUUACUCCUUCCAUCAGUUACUCCCUCUCUCUCUCUAUAACUACUUUCUCCAGAUUUCCGCCGAUCCUGUGAUUCGGUUCAAUUCCGACAGAUUGCCGAUCGCCAUGGCCCUCGAAGCUCUCAAAUCUUCUGCCGUUCUCGCGCCGCCGCCCCUCCCGCCGCCCUCCUGCGGUGAGGUCGUCGAUGACGGUCACGGCUUUAAGAAGAAGCGGUCCAAGCGUCCUCGCUGCGAAAACGCCGUGCCUUCCGAGGAGGAGAAGUACUUGGCGCUCUGUUUGAUCAUGCUCGCCCGCGGGGAGGAUCCCAGCCGCCGCCGUGACGCGCCGGCUUCGGUUAGUGGAAUCGACAAGGAGAAGCAAGCGUCACCGCUUCCGCCGCCUCCUCCUCCACCAGUUUCCGCCGCGCAGGACGGUAAUCAUCAUCAUAAUCCUCAUCAGCAGCAUAAUCAGAAUCAUCAGGAGCAGUCUUAUAAGUGCAGCGUGUGUAAUAAAGCGUUUCACUCGUAUCAAGCACUUGGCGGGCAUAAAGCGAGCCACCGAAAGCAUAUUGCCGGCGCCGCCUCGGACGAGAACAAUCCGUCGACGUCAACUUCAACGGCCGCCGCCUCUCACUCUUCUGUUCUGAACCCGACUGGUAAGGCGCACGAGUGCAACAUCUGCCACAAGUCGUUCCCCACCGGCCAGGCCUUGGGAGGGCACAAGCGCCGCCACUACGAGGGGAAUCUGGGAGGAGGGAACCGUGACGGCGGAGGCGGUCCGAGCGGAAGCGCGUUGACCUCGUCGGAAGGCGGUGUGUCGAGCCACGCGCCUCUGGACUUUGACCUGAACCAGCUCCCCCCGACCGAGUUGCAACUGGGCCUCAGCGUUGACUGCGGGAUGAAUAUUCAACUUUCCGGCGAACAGGAAGUAGAAAGUCCCAUGCCGUGGAAGAAGCCGUGUUUGUCGUCCUUUCCGAUCGACUGGGAUCUCAGGGAAUCUGAUGCUAAAUAAAACUCAAUUUUAGUUUCCCAAUUGGUGAUCGCAUAUACUACUUUCCAUAUUAAUUAGAAGCCCUUAUUAGCUUGAUGUACUGAGAGUGAAUUGGUCUUUGAUUUGGUUGAUUUAACUCUCUUUGUUCAUUAUUAAUUAGCCCAUAUACUGGUAAACAUUCAUUAAUUCUAUAGGGAUUGAAAAUUAGUACUAUAUCUCUCUGUCUGAUAUCUCUCUUUCAUGAAAUUUAUUAAUAUUAAAUUUGUAAUUAAAAUAUGAAUUGUAUGUGUGGUGGAAACUGAAGAAACGGUGGUGCAUGAAAUUGCACGACCUAGUGCCCCUCUCUGGUUGGGUUGUCCAUGUGGUUUGUGCCUGAUCCUUGUUGUAUUUAUUAUUAUCUAUUCUUAUCUUAUUAUUGUUAGCACAAUAAUAAUUAGUUGGAACUUCCCUUUCUAGUCCCAUUACCUACUGUUUCUUAAAUUUUUAUUUCACUUUAGGCAACUAAUAAAACUGAACUUCAUCACUCAUUAAUAUAGAAGACUUUUGUUAAGCUCCUAAUAAAGUUGAGUUUUUAGUCUACCGUACAACUAGUAGAUCGAGAGUGGUAGAAGGGGAAAUCAUGUAUAAAGGGUAAGUCUCGAAUUCGAAUCUUGUUAAUCGAUAGAUAGAUUCCUGUCAACCGAUAAAGAGUUGUAGAAAGAGCAAGUCUUUGGUUCAAAUUUUCUCAACUGAUAGAACUGAUAGAUAGAGAGUGUGGUACACGGAUGAAAAGUUAUGAUAUUAAAAAUGUAAGUACUUAGAACCACAAUACAUCCGUUACUGAGUUAAUUGUAUGAUUUUAAAAAUGCAAGUACUUGGAACCACAAUACAUCGGUUAACAAUUUACAUUUUCUGAGUUAAUUGUCCAACGGAAGCUGAAGGCCUUUCUUGGUAGGGUUUCAUCCUAUUGUAAGAAUUUAGUGUUAGUUAAUAUUGAUACUGGUACAAUUUGACACAUCUUACAUUUUACUUGAACUAAAGGGUAGCUAAAAGGGUAGCCAGGAUUAUAUUCUAAAAUGAGAGAUAACUUUUCUUGUGGGAAUAGUUGUGAAUGGGGGGAGUAUAUAUGCUAAACUUGGAAGAAUGUUGAAUUUGAAUGGAAGUGAUACUCUGUGGCCAGCGCAGGGAAGAAGUGUUUGUUUAAUUACCAAGUUUUCGUGGCUACCAAGUGUACAGCGUUUGCCUUCUUUCUAUCUAAUAAUCGAGUCUUCGGGAUCAAGUAACCGCAAUUCAGGGAUUGGAGUUUUAGUCAGAUACUGCCAACUUAUCAUCAUAAUUCAUUACGCAAGCAAGAAAUGGAUAACAACCACCGUUUUAUAUAUGGAUGCCGCCAAUCAUCCAUACGGUCUAAUUCAUCAUUCCAUUUUAUAAAGGCCCG